GCUUAUCCCCAACGAAAAUCUUAUCGUCUUAGUAUAUUCAUCUGCCAGCAGUAUUAGUAUUACGCUUAACUUGCCUAUAUAGCAAAGCCAACCUUGUCUUUCUUAUUCACAAACAACUCUGAACAUGGCAACUACUAGAGUAUCCAAGCCCUCUAAAUGGCUCCCCAGAAGCCGAGGUUUCAAGCUACUAACUCUCCCUCGCAUUGGCUCAAAACCCAGAUCUUCUCACUCACAACAAUCCAGGCUCACAAAAGAAGAAGAGCUUCAGAUAGUUUUUCGCCACUUCGAUAGAGAUGGAGAUGGCAAGAUUUCAGGAGAGGAACUCGGUGCUUAUUUCACAUCAGUAGGAGAGUCCAUGUCAAAUGAAAACGUUCAAAGGGUCAUUAAAGAUUUCGACACUGAUGGCGACAAGUUGCUGGAAUUUAAUGACUUCGCUCGAUUGUUGGAAGGAGACGACAACAUUGAUGAUGAUCUUAGAAGGGCUUUCGAGGUAUUUGAAGGAGAGAAUAAGGGUGGUGGGUGCAUUACAGCAAAAGGGUUACAACAGGCAUUUAAUCGUUUAGGAGAAGCAAAGUCACUUCAAGAAUGUGCAGCUAUGAUUAGAGUAUUUGAUCUUGAUGGCAAUGGGGUGCUCGAUUUUCAUGAAUUUCACAAAAUGAUGAUUAAUUAGUUCUGCAGUAGUUUCUGCUUAAUCAAGAUGUUUGCCAGCUUUGGUUUGCAGAGUUUAUGAACGCGGAUAGUUUAGAUUGUGGGUUAAUGUUAAUGUCAAUUUCCAUGUCCUAUGCCAAUGUCAUGGGCCUCAUGGCUCUUCUUUAAUUUACAGCAUGAUUGAUAUAUUUACGGAUUUAAUCUAGUGUUAAAUAUAUUAACUUAUUUAUCUC